UGUCCACGCAGUCCACGCGGUUCCUUUCCUUGCCUUCCAGGCCCGGCCAGAUCCUUCCACGUUCUGUAUAUAGCUAUCCACGCAACCGCACUUCGAUCAGGUCAAUUCAGCUUUAAUUUUCAUCCGAAUUCAUCUCCAAUCGAUCGAUCGAUCGCGUAUUAGGAGCAGAAGAGCAAGGAGGAGGAGAAGAAGAAAGAAAUUGGAUAAUAAGAGGAGAGAUGUGCCUGGUAUUCGUGUGCGACGAGGAUGAGAGAGUGCUGUCUCGGCAGCCCGCACCGGGGGCUUGCCCGUACUGCGGCGGGAUGAUUCAAGCUCUGGAUGUCGAAAGCCAGUGGAGGUUCUGUUUUCUCCCCCUCUAUUUCAAGACCAAGCGCAAGUACUAUUGCUCUCUCUGCACUCGCCGUUUGGUCCUCCAAUACUGAUCGUCGCCCGCCCGACCGAUCGACCGACCAAGGUUUAUACAGAUGUAGGAUUUUGUGUAUAUAAGGGGGGAGAAAUAUUUCUGUAAUAUAUGUAAGAAACAGUUUUCGUAAUCGUAGAUCUUUUUCAUGCUAUCGUUCA